AUGAAUGUCUUAAUUCUUAUGGUGGUGUUCAUAGUCAUACAUAGGGCGCAUGUUUCAAAUGUAAAGAAUUUCGUCGAAAUCAAAAUAAGUUAUGACAAUGAAAAAUUCAAACGACCAAAUUUGUCAGUAAUACACUUCAGCGGUGCAAAUGAUUGUCAUGACGCAGCGAAUUGGGUCAAGGAUAGACAGGGAAAACCAUGGAUCCAGUGUGAAGUUCGGAUCAACUACACGAGAUGCUUUUGUGAUAUUCAGAAUGGGGAUUGUUGGGAUUUCGAAGAUGUUAUGGAAGCGAUCUAUUCGGUGGACCGGGAUAAGGCUAUUGCCUCAAUACCUGAGGAUUCUUAUAGCCACGCUGGCAAUGGGAAAGAGGCGAUUGAAAAAAUCAAAAUCAUCUUGAAUACUCUUCAUGAGAACGCUCUCAAUCUAUCAGAUCAACUUCAUAAUCAAACAAUUUUAACUAGUAGCUACACUAGUGUCGCAGGAAUUGACAAAAGUUGUAGUGUGUCUUCAAAACCGAAUUUCAACGAAUCCGAAGCUCUGAUAAACCGUCGAGAAGUUGGACUGAAGGUUUAUCCUGACGACAAUUACUGUUUCCAAUUCUUCUCUCGUUUCAAUUAUAAUCUCUACAAUCAAUCAACAAUGAUUUUGAUGUUGAGGGAGAAAUUGCUAGAUCAAAUCGAUUCUAAGGAGAAGCUCUAUCUGUGUGAAACACUCUCCAAAAAUACAACCGAAAAGAAGUGCGAAUUGGGAAAAAUCAAGGAUAAACUUCCUGAGAAAUGGAUGUCUUUUAUGAAGUUUACGAGCGGAAGAGGCAAAUUUGAUUCUGAGCUCGAUUACAGUGAAAUCAAAAACUAUUUCAAAUGGAUGCGAAUUGACAACAACAGUAGUUCAAAAGCACAGGGCAUAAUAGUCUCCUGGAUUUUUGCUAGCCUUCUUCUAGUUAUGGUUUUGGUGAUCAUCAGAUCAGUUUCAAAAUACGAACUAAUCGAAGAACGAAAGUGUUUGGAUUCUUCCCAAUUCAAGUUGAAAGAUAUUGAGAACGAGUUGAAAAAGGCAAUGUCAGGGAAAACUCCAGAGACGAGCGUGAUGACUUUGGAAGCUUCUCGGGAUCUAGAAAAGGCUAGACAGUUGGACAGGAAAAGACAGAAGAAACACAAGGCAUCAAUAUUCAGAUCAACUCAACUGCCAACUCCAAAAGAGUCAUCGGAUUUGGAAUCCGUUAAGAGGAAAAAUAUUGAUUCCCAGUUUCUUAAACUUCAGAAAACACAAAACGAUGUGACGGAAUUCAUUGGAACAGCCAUCGAGGCGAAACUUCCAUCUGUACCCAAACAUGCACGUCCUCCGGCCGAAAAGUCUCUUCCUAGUAGGACGGAUCAAGGAACAUUUGUGAACAGAGGUAAAUCGGAUGACAACAUAGUAAUGAAGUCAAUUCAAAAAACACAAAGUCUCUCCGAGCCAGAAGUGAUUGAUAUGCCAACUUUUCCUCCACCACCAACUCAACCACCCAUUCUUCCGCCUCCUCCACCACCUCCCAUACUUCCGAAAAUUCCAAGAUCUUCACGUCAUAAAAGUCCUCGUCAAUUGGAAAGUAAACGAGUGAAAGGAAAAAAGCCAAAGUCUAGAUCAAGGUCGGAAACACCCACAAAAAUCAGUCGAAAGAAAUCAAAAGUUGAUCAGAGUCCGAAUAAUCAGAGUCCGAAGGAUAAUAAGAAGCAUUUUUUGAGUUUCUGGUCAUAA